UUCUAUUCUUCGCUGGCUAUGAAGGUUCUGUCUUGAAGAUGGAGACUCUGUGGCUUUUAUUCCUGUCGCUGGUCCCGGUGUACAUCAGGGGACAAGGGGUCUAUGCUCCUGCCCAGGCCCAGAUCAUCCAUGCUGGGCAGGCAUGUGUUGUAAAGGAAGAUAACAUCAGUGAACGAGUGUACACUAUUCGGGAAGGUGACAUCCUUGUUCUGCAGUGUUUGGUUACAGGGCAUCCACGGCCACAGGUGAGGUGGACCAAAACUGCUGGCAGCGCCUCGGACAAAUUCCAGGAGACAUCGGUGUUGAAUGAGACCCUUCUGAUUGAGAAGAUCCAGAGGCUUCAGGGGGGUCGUUAUUACUGUAAAGCAGAGAAUGGGGUUGGGGUCCCUGCCAUCAAGUCCAUUCGAGUAGAUGUGCAGUAUUUGGACAAGCCCGUCCUUACUGUCCAUCAAACUAUCAGUGAUGUCCGUGGGAGUUUUUAUCAUGAGAAGACAGUCUUCCUUCGAUGCACAGUCAGCUCUAAUCCGCCUGCUCGCUUCAUCUGGAGAAGAGGUUCCGAAACUCUUUCUCAUAGUCAGGAUAACGGAGUGGAUAUCUAUGAACCAUUGUACACAGAGGGAGAAACAAAAGUUCUGAAGCUGAAAAAUCUACGACCCCACGACUAUGCCAGUUAUACAUGCCAGGUAUCUGUCAGAAAUGUGUGUGGCAUCCCUGAUAAGACAGUCACCUUUGAGCUGACCAACACGACUGCUCCACCAGCUUUAAAACUAUCUGUGAAUGAGACUUUAGUGGUAAAUCCAGAGGAUAAUGUUACCAUAUACUGUUCGUUAACAGGCGGGGAUCCUUUGCCUCAGGUAGUCUGGUCUCACUCACCUGGUCCUCUGCCUCCGAACAGCCUGAUUCAAGGGGGCAACCUUACCAUCUGGGGCAUUCAAACCGAAGAUUCAGGUUAUUACAACUGUACAGCCAUCAACAAUGUGGGGAACCCAGCCAAGAAGACAGUGAACCUAUUGGUGCGAUCCAUGAAGAACGUAACCUUCCAGAUCACUCCUGACGUCAUCAAAGAGAGUGAAACCAUCCAGCUAGGCCAAGACCUGAAGCUCUCAUGCCAUGUGGAUGCUGUCCCACAAGAAAAAGUUUUCUACUUCUGGUACAAGAAUGGGAAGCUGGCCAAAUUCUCAGAUCGAGUAGUUGUCAUCAAAAAUGACCCCGAACUUCCCCCUGUGACAAGCAGCCUAGAGAUAAUUGAUCUCCGUUUCACAGACUAUGGUACAUACCUCUGUGUGGCAUCUUUCCAAGGAGCACCUAUCCCUGACCUUAGUGUUGAAGUGAACAUUUCUUCAGAAACAGUGCCUCCAACCAUCAUGGUGCCCAAGGGUCAAUCCAUCAUUACCGUCCGUGAAGAUUCAAGAGCAGAGUUACAGUGUGAAGUCCGAGGGAAACCCAAACCUCCUAUCAUCUGGUCCAGAGUUGAUAAAGAGGCUCCUAUGCCUUCGGGGACCAUGACAGUGGAGACUAACGAUGGGAAGCUGCACUUUGAGAAGGUGACUCAAAAAAUGAGUGGGAUUUACAAAUGCCAGACAGCCAGAUACAAUGGCUUCAACAUUAGACCUCGAGAAGCCCUGGUGCAACUCAACGUACAGUUCUCCCCUGUUGUGGAACCCGUCUUCCAGGAUAUUCGGCAAGCCAUGGGACGUAGUGUAACCCUUCGAUGUACCAUGUUAAAGGGAAGCCCUAUGAAAGUGGCCACAGCUGUCUGGAGAUUUAAUGGUAGUCUUCUAACAGUGCCUCCAACAGAGCAGCAAGACUAUUCAGAAUAUAAAGUGGACACUGUAAGCCGGGAGACUAGUGGCAACUACGAAUGUAGUAUCUCCAAUGAUGUUGGGGUAGCGAUUUGCAAAUUCCAGGUAUCAGCUAAAGCUUAUAGCCCAGAAUUUUACUAUGAUACCCCCAAUCCUACGAGGAAGCAAUCCAAGAACUACUCCUAUGUCUUACAGUGGACUCAGAAGGAACCUGAUGCUGUCGAUCCCAUUCUUAGUUACCGUCUAGAUGUCCGCCAGCUGAAUCACAGGGACUUGCCCCCUAAAUCCAUUUCUGUGAGGAAGAUGGAAAAGGGCAUGUUACAGGAAUACCUCCUGACUGACUUGAAGGUGCCUCAAAGCUAUGAACUUCGCUUGACACCCAUAACCCGGUUUGGGAUGGGGGACAUUGCUACUCGCAUCAUCCACUAUAUAGAACCAAUCAGCUACCCUAACCCAGUAGGUAACACCUGCCACUUUGAAGAUGAGAAGAUCUGUGGUUAUAUUCAGGACACAACAGACAACUUUGAUUGGAUUCGUCAAAGCAGUCUAACCCAUGAUCCGAAGCGCACUGCCAACACAGGCCCUACCAUGGAUUUCAGUGGGACACCUGAAGGGUACUACAUGUUCAUUGAAGCCUCUGCACCCCGAGUGAAGGAUGACAAAGCUAGAUUAAUCAGCCCUAUGUACAACAUGACCGCCAGAUUCUGUGUCUCCUUCUAUUAUCACAUGUAUGGGAAGCACAUUGGAUCCUUAAAUCUCCUGGUUCACGUGAGGAAUAAGCAACCCACUCAAGCCUUGUCACUCAAAGGAGACAAAGGAAAUAUGUGGCAGCAAGUACAUGUACCCAUCAAUCCUGCAGGACCUUUCCAGAUCAUUUUUGAAGUUGUCCGGGGGACAGGUUCUGAGGGAGAUAUUGCCAUUGAUGAUGUUACUCUGAAAAAAGGUGAUUGUCCAAGAAAGCCAAUUGUCCCAAAUAAAGCAGUUGCCCUUCCAGGAAAUUCUGCUGUCACCCAACACACAUCUUCUCUCUGUGGGCCACUACUUUUCUUUCUUUAUGUGCUGCUCAGAUGAUAGCAGUGAAUGCUCCCGUUGUCUGAGACAUUCCUCCUCCUUUCCUACUUGGUCACCCUUUGCUCCUGUAUCUCCCCCUCCUCACUGGCACACCAAAGUGUCCAUAUGUUACCAAAGACUAACAUGCAUGACUACGCAAAAGGGAUCCAGCUAAGAACCUAAGGGAUUCCUGGAGGAAGUCAUACUGUCUAAAAACAAAAUAUAUAUAAAUAAAGAAGAGACAAAAACAAACAAAUGAAAGAAAGAGGGAGGAAGGAAUGGAAAGAAGAAAUGGAAGCAAAGAAUGAAAGGCAAUGCUGAGGACGAAAAUGAUGUUUAAAAGGAUCAGUGGAAUGGAGGAAGGCAUGUUCCUUUAAGAACAGAGGACAAGACUUCCUCAGGGAAGUAGGAACUUUUGUUUAAAACAAAAACAAAAUAUAUUAAAGCACAAAUUUCUACCAGAACUGUUACCUUCUUGGCUGCAGAACCACAGUUUAGAAGACAUUCUAGCAUACACAGUGCAAUCCUUUGGAAUCUCUGUGUUAAGACUUCUCCCUUACCGGUUUUGCCUACAACCUGUCUACUGCAGCACCACCUCCUCAUACUUCUCCCACUCAUCUCUGGUGACCACAGAACCUUGUCCUCAUUUGCAUGUACUUCUGAGUCUUCAUAUGCGUUUUUAAGACUCUCAUGUAUUUACUCGUCCAUCUAUAAAUUUGCCUUGACCCAUCCAUCCCCAACUUCAGCUCAGCAAAGCAAAGAGACAGACCUCUUGUGGAUUAUGGAGAUGAAUGGAGAAAUCUAGGGCAAACAUAAGCUGCAGGUUCAGCUCUUGACAUCCUUCACCUACCCAUCUCUUUUCUCCUUUUUCAGGCUGCUCACUUCUCUCCUUUAGUACUUUUUUUUCCUACCAUCCCAGAGACAGAUUGUCAAUACAGCACAGAGACUAAAAGAAAAGGCUUCUUGUUUGAGGACCAAAGUAAAGAAGCUGAGUAGUGACACCGCAGUCAGUUACUAUCAAAGCAUGAGCUUCAGAAGCCUUAAGGCAAGGAUUUCCUCCACCUUUUGUUGUUGUUGUUGUCAUUGCUGCUGCUGCUAAUUUAUCUAUUUCCCAUUU